AUGACAGCUGAAUAUUACCUUUUAACAUAUCAAAAACUAAAAAACAAAUUUGUAACACCUCUAUACAUCAAAUGGCAUCCAGCAAAUGCUACUAACUACAAACUAAACAUUGAUGGGUCUUGCUCAUCUACCCAGCAAAAAUAUGGUAUUGGUGGAGUUUUUCGAAACCACCAAGGCAACUGGUUCAUGGGUUUUGCCGGCAAAUCAAACCUAGGUACAAGUGUUCAGACAGAACUCCUUGAACUACUCAUGGGGCUGAAACUUGUUGUGCAACAACAUAUCAAACCCAUCAUCAUUGAGAUAGACGCACAUGGAAUCAUCGAUAGUUUAGCCAAACAUGGAGCCAUGCAUGCACAUGAGAGCUGCAUACUUUUUGGAAAACCACCAUCUUUUGCAGAGCCUUCUUACCAGUGA